CAAAUGCGCUCGUCCCACUUCUCCUGUCUCUCCCAUCUCUUGGAUGGUGGUAGGUAAGAUUGCUGUACACCCACCCUAUUCACAGUUCGGAUUUUUGCUGACCUCCUGACGCAUCCAUCGCCACAACACAGUACACUCGCAACUUCAGAGCUGGCGGGACCCUUGGACCUUAGGGACCUCGAAUUGGAUGGGACGCGCAAAUUGCGCAGAUUGCGCAGAAGGCACGCAGAGCGCGAAAAGCGCGAGCUGCGCGGAUGGAGCGAGGGGGGCGGAUGGAGCGCGGUGCGCGCGGUAGGCGCGGUAGGCGCGGUAGGUGCGGUAGGUGCGGUAGGUGCGGUAGGCGCGGUAGGCGCGGUAAGCGCGAGAUGUGCGAGAUGCGCGAGACGCGCGAGACGCGCGAGAUGCGCAGAAGGAGUGAAUGGCCCAGGUUUGCGCAGGGCUCGUACAACCCUGGAAAACGAGCGGCCCGCCGGCCGCGCUGGCAAGCGCUGGCAAGAAGCGCAGCUUAUUCCCGACUAACGUGCUCCACAAAGUCUACACAAGAAAGUCGGCACCAAUAUCGGAAGACAGCCGCUCGAGCUGACUAGUGACAAUAUUUGAGACCGUCUCCUGGGAUGGUGGCAGGUAAGAGUGUCGGGA